AUGUCAGCUCCAAGCACAUUUGGAGAGCUGGGUCUCUCCAUCAUCGGCAUCAGCGCCGAGUACCCACCACAUUCCCUAGACUAUACUUGCCUCAACACCCUUAGUGACAGAUUCUAUCCCGAUACACCUUCAUAUACCGGAAUUGACACACGGUCGUCCAUUGGAACACCCGACCACCCAGCUGUUAACAAGAAAGAUGCGCCCUCAAUAGCAGAGCUCCACACUCUGUUUCUCUCCGAUGGUGUUCCUCUCGCGAUUCGAGCCGCUCGAAAGGCCAUUGACGAGGCCAAGAUUGACACAAGAUUCAUUACCCACAUAGUCGCCACAACAUGUACAGACAGCGCAAACCCGGGUUUCGACCACUUUGUCGCAAAAGGUCUGGGCAUAACGCAUGGUGUAGAGAAGGUCUUGCUUCAUGGUGUUGGUUGCAGCGGUGGACUAGCAACUCUCCGAACAGGUGCGAACCUAGCUCUUGGUCAUAAAGCACGCGGUUUGCCCGCGCGCGUUCUUGAGCUAGAUAGCAUCAACGAGCUGCAGCAGACAAGAAUAGGUGCAUGCCUUUUUUCAGACUGUGGUAGUGCCGCUGUGUUGAGCAACGGUAUCGGUGAACCUUCUGAACCGGUAUAUGACCUCCUCGGCUGGGACCACAGGACCAUACCAGAUACUGAGGAUGACUUGGGGUUUGAUGUUGACCCAGUCGGCUGGAAAGUUGUUCUCACACCUCGUGUUCCCAAGCUCACUGCUGCCUCAAUUGGCCCAGCUUUCAACGACCUCAAGGUAUCUCUGCCUCAACUCCCUCCAGACUACCAGAAAGCAGCCGACUUCGACUGGGCGAUGCACCCUGGCGGCGCUACCAUCCUUUCCGGCGCUGAGAGAGCCAUGGAAAUUACACCAGAACACCAACGGGCAAGUUACGACACAUACAUCAAUCAUGGCAACUCAAGUUCAGCUACCAUCUUCAGUGUCAUGGAUCGCCUACGUUCGAAAGAUAUGGAUGCCAUGGCGCCUGACGGACGAGUUCGUGACUAUGUCGUUGGUUGUGCUUUCGGUCCUGGUAUCACAGUUGAGAUGUGCAUGUUGAAGCGGAAUAUGUCUCAUGGCGCAGGCCUGCCUGGCCUACAAACUCCACCAGAGACACCGGCUGAAACGGAGUCUGAGCCAAGUGAAAUCGGGGACGGAGAUGGUGAGUGGGGCCGUGAGUUGAGCGGAGAUCCGGCCGAGUCGCCGGAUCAGUAUGCAUUGUUUGUGGCCGACUCGUUGGAGCAUCUAGAUCUAGAUUAG